AUUUCUCUCUCUUCAAAAACUCAACUACAUAGCCAAGAAUCCCUCCCUGACAGCAGAAAUGGAGCCACGAUCAUCUACAACCCUCGUGCUGUGCGGGAAAACCACUGCAGAGAACGAAUUAGCGUGGCGUUUAAAGACUAAGAACACGUUAAAACUUCCCGAUGAUUCUCCGCUUGAUGUCGCCUUGUAUUCGGAGAUUGAAAAUCGAGGGAGCAUUGGUGAUGGCGAUGUUUUCGGGAUAAAUUCGUACAUGAGUUUUCUCUCUACUUCUCGUUUCGGAAAGCUGCUAAUUUACUCUCCCAAAUUAGCCUCUACGCAUGAUGUUGUUUCCAAAAAUUUCGAUGAGUUGCCUGUUGGUGCUGUAUGUGUUGCUGACGUGCAAUUCAAAGGCAGAGGUCGGUCAAAGAACUUGUGGGAGUCGCCAAAAGGAUGCCUUCUGUUCUCAUUCACGCUACAGAUGGAGGAUGGGCGAGUUGUGCCACUUGUGCAGUAUGUUGUUAGUCUUGCUAUGACUGAGGCUAUUAAUGAUGUUUGUCGAGAAAAUGGCAUAGCACCUCUUGAUGUUAGAAUAAAGUGGCCAAAUGAUCUGUAUCUAGAUGGUCUUAAAGUGGGAGGCAUUUUGUGCACAUCAACGUAUAAGUCUAAGAAGUUUAAUGUCAGUGCUGGAAUUGGGUUGAAUGUAAGCAAUGAGAAACCAACGACAUGCUUGAACACUGUUCUGCAAAGGUUGGGCUGUGUUACUCACCAAUUACAACGUGGAGAUAUCAUGGCAGCUUUCUUCAAUAAAUUUGAAAGCUUUUAUGAUAUUUUCAUUAAUCAAGGCUUUCAGGCACUGGAAGAGCUGUACUGCAAGACAUGGUUGCACAGUGGGCAGCGGAUUAUCUUACAGGAAAAGAACGAGUUUGAGGACCAAAUUUCAGAAAAUGUGGUGACCAUUCAGGGUUUAACUACUUCUGGGUAUUUAUUGGCUGUUACUGAUGAUGGUCAGACAUGUGAGCUCCAUCCCGAUGGAAACAGUUUCGAUUUCUUUAAAGGACUUGUCAGAAGAAAACUGGCCUAAAGAAGUUUCGAUGGCAACGUGAGCUCAUAAAAAGGAAAUAGCAUCAUCUUCAGCAUGUCUACCAAACUCCUGAUGACAUGGUGGUGGUGUUAUUACAUGAAGCUUAAUAGUUGUCAUUUGGAGUUGAAUAGGAAUUUUCGCCGUUUUGUUAUGUGGUUAAAACUGAUAAUACUCUUAAUAGCUGUUUUAUAAAAAUUCAACUAUCAUACUGUUAAUACUUUCUUCAUGGAUUUA